AGACCACGCAAUGUGCACUGCAACCAACCUAUUACUGUAGGCUGGCCCGUAUGUUGUCCGGUGCACUCUCAAUCUUUGCAAAGAGUCUGGUCGCAUCGUCGCCCGAAGCAGCAUUUCGCCCGAAGUCUCCAGGUUAAAACUCUUUUGAGUCUGUCUGUAUCUUGCGCCCAACAUAUACUUCGUCCCAAUUCCUGUACAUUACAUACAAUCCACGACUGGACCUCAGACUCGGACGUAUGAUAGACCGCUCGAAGAGGCCAGGACACUGCGCAACAUGUUUCUGAACAACGUUGCCCACAAAGAUGAUGCCAAUGGCGUGCCUCACUUCAUGGGCCUCACCGGCCGUGCCUUGAGUAUUGCUGUCUCGGUCGUUGCCACGAACGGCUUCCUGCUAUUUGGAUACGACCAGGGAGUCAUGUCUGGCAUUAUCUCUGCUAGACCUUUCAACACCGCGUUUCCCGAGACUCUCAACAACUCGACAUGGCAAGGAUUCGUCACCGCAAUCUACGAAGUUGGCUGUCUAUUCGGGGCGAUCUUUGCUCUUGCCUACGGAGAUCGCCUCGGGCGAAGACGAGCAGUCAUCCUGGGAGGACUGAUCAUGAUCAUCGGAGUCAUAAUCCAAGUCACUUCUAUUCCGGGCCAUAGUGCUACUGCGCAGUUCAUCAUCGGUCGGACCGUGAUGGGCCUCGGCAACGGACUGAACACGGCUACGAUCCCAACAUACCAGGCCGAAUGUUCCCGGACUUCCAACCGUGGCCUACUUAUCUGUAUCGAAGGCGGAGUUAUUGCCAUCGGGACCUUAAUUGCGUACUGGACUGACUACGGCGCGAGCUUCGGUCCCGACGAAUUCACAUGGCGAUUUCCUAUCUCGUUGCAGGUCAUUUUCGGCUUGUUCCUCUUCACGCUUAUCGGCUUGCCGGAAUCCCCGAGAUGGCUGUUGUCCAAGAAUCGAUCUGAGGAAGCGGCGACUUCGCUCGCUGCUCUCCGAGGACUCCGUCGAGACGAUCCCGAGGUCCAGCUCCAGCUCGGCAUCAUUGUAGACAGCCUGAAAAUCUCCGGUGGUGUCGGGGGUGAGAACACCCCAUUUAGCGCGCUUUUCACGGGCGGAAAAACCCAGCACUUUCGACGUAUGUUACUUGGCGCAUCGAGUCAGAUGUUCCAGCAGAUCGGUGGAUGCAAUGCGGUCAUUUAUUACCUGCCAAUAUUGUUUGAACAAAGCGUUGGUGAAGGCAGAAAUAUGGCACUGAUCCUUUCUGGUGUCAAUAUCACGGUGUACGCCAUCUUCGCCACUACUUCGUGGUUUAUCAUCGAGAAAGUCGGUCGCCGCAAGCUAUUCAUUGUUGGUACAAUCGGUCAGGGACUAUCUAUGACGCUCGCGUUCGCAUGUCUCAUCAAGCCGGAUGUUUCGGCGAAGGGUGCGGUCCUUGCUUUCUUCCUUUACAUCGCCUUCUUUGGAGCGACCUGGCUUCCUCUGCCCUGGCUCUAUCCGGCUGAGGUGAACCCUAUCAGAACCCGAGGCAGAGCGAAUGCGAUCUCUACCUGCACGAACUGGCUUUUCAACUUCCUCAUUGUCAUGAUCACACCCGUCAUGAUCUCGAACAUUGGAUGGGCCACCUAUCUCGUCUAUGCGCUAUGCAAUUUUGGCUUCCUGCCUUUGGUGAUCAUCUUCUAUCCGGAGACUCGCAAACGCUCCCUCGAAGAGAUUGAUCUCAUCUUUGCUAAGGGCUACGUGGAGAAAAUCUCCUAUGUUCGCGCCAGUCACGAAAUGCCGUUCUUGACCGAUGAGGAAAUCGAUCAAAAGGCCAAGGAAUACGGCUUCUCGGGCUCGGACGAUACAGCCGGACAACUGGGAGAUGCCAGAUUCGGCGAAAAAGAGAGCGAUCUCUCGAGAUAUCAAGCAGACCCUAUGACUUCCAACAGACUCCAGCUCAGCUGGAUCGGACGCCACUCCGGUUUACAUCUCGCCUGUCGGACAAACCAUGUCCCACUGGACUUUUAA